CGGUAUUUACUGUUGUCGACUGUACACAUGGAGCGUUUACACAACCCGUUUAUUUACAUUUGGUCGAAUGCGCAGAUGACGAACCAGGUUUCACCUAUCGAGGAGCAGGAGAAGCUUCUUGACGAUGCUUUGAACGUGGUCAAAGUCCAGGCAUUUCAAAUGAAAAGAUGCCUGGACAAAUCCAAGUUGAUGGAUGCUCUGAAGCAUGCAUCCACAAUGCUGGGAGAGCUUAGAACAUCACUGCUGUCCCCAAAGAGCUACUAUGAACUCUAUAUGGCAAUAACAGAUGAGCUCCGACAUUUAGAGCUGUACUUGUUGGAAGAAUUCCAGAAGGGUCGUAAAGUGGCAGAUCUCUAUGAAUUGGUACAGUACGCUGGUAAUAUUGUGCCCCGAUUGUACCUUUUGAUCACUGUCGGAUUGGUGUACAUCAAGACAAAUACGAAUUUGAGGAGAGAUUUAUUGAAGGAUUUGGUAGAGAUGUGCCGUGGUGUUCAGCAUCCGUUACGUGGUCUGUUCCUGAGGAAUUACUUACUGCAGUGCACUAGGAAUGUGCUGCCUGAUACCACUGAAGCUCAGAAUGAGAAUGAGGGAACUGUUCGGGAUGCCAUUGACUUUGUUUUGAUGAAUUUCGCUGAAAUGAAUAAGUUAUGGGUUCGAAUGCAGCAUCAAGGUCAUUCAAGAGACAAAGAACGUCGUGAACGCGAACGGUCCGAGCUGAGGAUCCUCGUGGGUACGAACCUGGUGCGACUCUCUCAGCUGGAGUCUGUGGGCGAGCAGGACUACCGGCGCCUCGUGCUGCCCGGCAUCCUGGAGCAGGUGGUCAGCUGCCGGGACGCCAUCGCGCAGGAGUACCUCAUGGAGUGCAUCAUACAGGUUUUCCCUGACGAAUUUCACUUGGCCAAUCUGCAACCGUUUCUCAAAUCCUGUGCAGAGCUACAACCGGGAGUCAAUAUCAAGAAUAUUAUUAUAGCCCUCAUUGAAAGAUUAGCGGCUUACAGUCAGAGAAACGAAGGUAAUGUCAACUUGAGCGUAGUUCUAGAAGAUGGCAACGAACAAGAAGUGCAACUGUUUGAAGUGUUCUCGGACCAAGUUGCUGCCAUAACUCAGAGUCGUACAGACAUGCCACCCGAAGACAUGCUAGCAUUACAGCUGGCGUUGCUGAAGCUGGCUCAGCGUUGUCAUCCCGACAAGUUGUCGUAUGUCAAUAGGGUUCUUGCACACACAGACAGAAUCUGUGCUGAUAUUUAUCAGGCAAGUGGUAAACCACACUUAGAACACAACACACCGGUCUUCAAAGAACUGAUGAAGAUAUUGAAACUACCAGCGGACCACUACAAGAACAUACUGACGCUGAUAAAACUACAGAACUACGCUCCGUUGAUCAACCGUCUCAACCAAGUUGGUAGGAUGAUGAUCGCUGUUCAUCUCAUUAAUGAUGUUCUGGAGAGUGAUACUACUGUGUCUACUCCUGAAGAUGUUGAAGCAGUUCUGUCAAUGUUAGAGGUUCUAGUGAAGGAACAACCCGAUGGAGCAGUGGACACUGACAACGAGGACUUUGUAGAGGAACAGGGUUUGCUGGCCAGAUUAAUCCAUCACUUCAAAUCGGAUUCAGCAGAUCAACAGUACUUGAUACUGAGCGCGGCACGUAAGGCCCUUCAAGGUGGGGGGGCGAAACGCAUCCAACAUACAUUCCCCCCUAUAGUAUUCCACGCGUACCGCCUCGCGUUCACUUAUAAGGAUUUGAAGGAUCAGGACGAUAUGUGGGAAAAGAAGUGUCAGAAGAUAUUCCAAUUCUGUCAUCAGACAAUUAGCUUGUUGGUCAAAGCAGAACUGGCUGAGUUACCGUUGAGAUUAUACCUCCAAGGUGCACUCGCUAUAAGUGAAAUAGGCUUUGCGAAUCACGAAACAAUUGCAUAUGAAUAUCUGUCACAAGCGUUUUCGUUGUACGAGGACGAAAUAUCAGAUAGCAAGGCGCAACUCGCGGCCAUCACUCUUAUUAUAGCUACGUUCGAACAAAUUGAUUGCUUCGGUGCUGAGAAUGCAGAGCCGAUGCGUACGGCUUGUGCUUUGGCUGCCAGUAAACUUCUUAAGAAACCCGACCAAAGCCGCGCGGUGGCCCUCUGCGCACAUCUCUUCUGGAAGGCUCGAAAGGACGGCAAGCAGUGGGCGCUAAACGAGGCGUCGCGCGCUCUGGACUGCCUCAAGAAGGCAGCCCGCGUGGCUCAACAGUGCAUGGACGGCGGAGUACAGGCGCAACUGCUGGCCGAGCUGCUGGGCCGGUACGCGCUGCUGCGGGAGCGCGGCAACGACUGCCUCACCACCGCGCUCAUCGACGCGAUUAUACAAAAAAUCCGCGAGGAAUUGGGCAAUCUCGACCAAUCGGAGGAGGUUGAACAGAUCACCAAGCAUUUCCACAACACGCUGCAACAUAUCAAAAAUAGAAUGGAGUGUCCAGAUCCGGACGGACUUGGGUACGAAGGUCUAGUUCUGUCCUAACUGUUAUCACACGGAGUAAAAAUGAAUGACUAAAUCAGUCGGAGCAAUUGAGUAAUCAAAGUAAGACAGUCUUUAUUAGUCCAAGUUUUAAAAAAUGUGACAAUUUGAAAAGAUUUUAUGUAAUAGGAUCGUGUUUGCAAUUUACUCUUUGCAACUGUUUUUCUUAGUUAAUUAGGCAAAUAUGAAGAAACUAUAAAAGUACCUCAUUACCCUAAAAUCUUCCAAAAGUUAGACAGGAUUGAAAAAGUGUCUGGUUAAAGGCCAACAGAUCGUAGCCCUAUCUAGAAGCCAUGAUAAUAUUUGACAAAGAAAUGUUUUAAGAUCUAUGUAUUUACGAUAUAAUCGUAAUAACGAAACACUUGCUCUAAUAAAUUUAAAUUUCAUUUAAAGAUCUUUAGUUUAAUAUAUUCCAUGUCGAAAGAUAAGAUAUUGAUAUAUUUUGGUGAAAAAAAAUGUUGGUAAGUGAGGUUAUCAAAUUAUUCAUGUAUUUUAUUUUAAAUGCAAUUUAUUUGUUGCGUUUUUAUUUCAUCCUGAGAUAGAAAACCUUCUGGGUAUUUAUAAUGCGUGAUGUGUUAAUUGUAUACCUAAUUUGUGGAUACGGUUAUCUUUCGGUAACUGAUGCAUUUUACAAUUCAUUAAAAAUGAAAUUGAAAAGUAAUAAUAAAAUUUACUUUACAUUUUAUCAAAUAUAAGCUACUAAUUGCAACUAAUUUCACGAUUUUAUGAAUAAAAAUGAAAUAUAUUUUUUUUAAUUCAUGUUUUGUGAAUUCAUUUGGAAAGAUGUGCAGAUAAUGCUACACUGUAAUAGAUUAAAAGCUUAGUCAUUUUGCAGUUAUUUUAGUCAUUUGAAUUUGAUUGAAACAUGAUGGUACAGGCACUUUAAAUGUAUGAUUUGUUAACUUGCAAUUAUUUUUAAACUAAGGAACGUUUUAAUGUAUAACAUUUUAGUAAAAUAGAAAUACUUUAUAUUUAUAAUCGAAUAAUAAAUCAAUUUAUUAAACUGUU